UCAUAAACAGAAUCCAGUUCUUCCAGCAGGACACAGGUUCCAGUCUGAAGGUUCUCCAGCCAGGAAACUCAGUGAAACUCUACAGAUAAACUCUGAAGAAGCAGAAAAGCAGACCAAAGGAGAGAAAGUGAAAGUGUCAUGGCUUCCUCCAGCAGUCUCCUGUCUGAAGAUCAGCUCCAGUGCUCCAUCUGUCUGGAUGUGUUCACUGAUCCGGUCACCACUUCAUGUGAGCACAACUUCUGCAGGGUCUGUCUCAAAGAGUGCUGGGACAGCAGUUCACGCUGCCAGUGUCCAGUCUGUAAAGAGGAAUUCUCCAAUAGGCCUGAGCUGCGUGUGAACACCUUCAUCUCUGGACUGGCUGCUCAGUUCAAGAAGUCAGUUCAGGUCAAAUCCAGCAGAGCUCCAGAGAAACCUGCCAAAUCUCAGGUGCUUUGCGAUGUCUGCUGUGAAAAGAGAAGCGCAGCUCUGAAGUCCUGCCUGACCUGUAUGGCCUCUUACUGCAAGAUUCAUCUGGAUCCUCAUCAGAGAGUCGCUGUAUUAAAGAAGCACAAGCUGAUGGACCCUGUGGAGAACCUGGAGAACUACAUCUGCCAGAAACAUGAGAGACCCCUGGAGCUGUUCUGUAGAGAUGACCAGACAUGUGUGUGUCAGUUCUGCACUGAGACAGACCACAAGACUCACAGCACUGUUCCUAUAGAGGAGGAGAGUGGAGAGAAGAAGACUCAGCUUGGAAAGACCCAGGCUGAAGUUCAGCAGAUGAUCCAGGUCCGACUGAAGAAGAUUGAGGACAUCAAACAGUCUGUAGAGCUCAAUAAAAAAAGCUCAGAGAAGGAGAAAGCAGACAGUGUGGAGGUCGUCAGAGCUCUGCUGCGCUGCAUUGAGAGAAGCCAGGCAGAGCUGCUUGAGGUGAUGGAGGAGAAGCAGAAAGCAGCAGAGAGGCAGGCUGAAGAGUUCAUUAAAGAGCUGGAGCAGGAAAUCACUGAGCUAAAGAGGAGAGACACUGAGCUGGAGCAGCUCUCCCACACUGAGGACCACCUCCACCUCCUACAGGUUUACCUGUCCUUCUGCAGCCCUCCACCCACCAAGAACUGGACUGAGGUCAGGAUUAACUCUCAUCUGAGGGUUGAGACUCUGAGGAGAGCUCUGACUCAGCUUCAGGAAGAGCUCAGUAAAGAGAUGGAGAAGAUUCCUGAAAUCAAAAUGAAGAGAAUUCAACAAUAUGCAGUGGACGUGACUCUGGAUCCUGAUUCAGCUCAUCCUGAUCUCAUCCUGUCUGAUGACGGGAAACAAGUGAGAGAUGGAGACAAACGACAGAAUCUCCCUGAUAAACCAGAGAGGUUUGAUCGCUGUCCCUGUGUGCUGGGAAAGGAGGGGUUCUCCUCAGGGAGAUUUUACUAUGAGGUUCAGUUCAGCGGGAAGACUGAGUGGACAUUAGGAGUGACCACAGAGUCCAGUAACAGGAAGGGGAAGAUUACACUGAGUCCUAAGAAAGGAUACUGGACUGUAUGGCUGAGAAAUCAGACUGAAUACAAAGCUCUGGGCACUCCUUCUGUUCCACUCUCCCUGAAACAGGCUCCCCAGAAGGUGGGGGUGUUUGUGGAUUAUGAGGAGGGUCUGGUCUCCUUCUUUGAUGUUGAGUCCAGGUCUCAUAUCUACUCUUUCACUGGUCAGUCUUUCACUGAGAAACUCUAUCCAUAUUUCAGCCCUCACCUCAAUAAUGGAGGUAAAAACUCAGCACCGCUGAUCAUCACACGUGUUAAACAUCAGAAAUGAGGUGAACUUCUUUAAUGAAACAUUUUUGUCAGAAACAAAUCUGUCAUUUGAAAUGUUUCAGAGCGUAAAUAGAGAUUUUUAAACUCUUUAUAACAUUAUGUAAUUAAUGAAUUAAUUAACAAGCUAAUAAAUUAAUAGAUGAUUUUUGAUUCACUCAUUUUGGAGAACUCAGUAAGUCAGUUGAACAGUGUUAUAACACUGUUUAUCACAGAUCUCCUUUUAAUGAACUGAAAUGAUCAUAAAGCUCAAAAUAUCAGCUUCAGUUUGAUGAACUUGAUGUGGGAAUCUCAGUCUUUUAUAUGAAGAUGAAGCUCUGCGUCUUUUUGAUUUGUGUAAAUGCUUAAAGUUAUUAUAAUUUUACUCCAAAUCCCAAUAAAAUAACAUUUUAUACAUCUAAACUCUCAAAUCUAAGUGUUUAAUCAAUAAGCUUGAGCUGACUUUUAAGUUCAGUUGGAAACAAUAAACAAAUCGAGGAAAUGUGUGUGUUAGCAUGAGCUCUGUGUUCAUGUUGUCUGUUUUUAUUUCAGUCUGUUUAAAGCAUGAAACGCUCAAGUUUCAAUGAAGCUGUAUUAAAUGUCAAAUUAAGCUGUACAAAAGAAAUGAACAGAUUUACUGAAAUUCUCAAAGCUCCAUCAAGUGUUUUGAUGUCAGUGCAGUUUUCCUGAGGAUUUAUACACAGUAGAACUUUCUCUGCAGGCUCCUCCGUACCGUGCCCUCCUCAAAUAUCGGCCCCUUAAUAAA